GUGCGCUGCAUGAACGUGCGCCUCUCGGUCCUCUGUCCUAAAUAGGAACGGCUGUUACACCGAAAAGAAUAAAUGUGACUUCCCGCACGGUUCAGGAACAACAGAGGGGGAAAUAACCGAGUGCCGGUUUGUGGACAUGCAGCUCGCAGAGCGCUGCGGUGACAAGGAUGCGAAAGCGCACGCGCCUGGGCCCGGUGCCGUUACCGAGAGCGGACACAAGCGCAAGUCCCGCAGCAGGAGGGGCAGGAGGAGGAGGGGGAAGAGACGGAGGGGCAAAAAAGCCAACGAGCCGCCCCCGUUUCUGCCCCCGGAGGCCGAGGAGGGAAAUAUCGAGUACAAGCUGAAGCUGGUGAACCCAACGCAGUACCGAUUUGAGCACUUGGCCACUCAGCUGAAGUGGCGGCUGCAGGAGGGCCGAGGAGAGGCCGUCUACCAGAUCGGUGUUGAGGACAACGGCCUGCUGGUGGGACUAACUGAUAACGACAUGAAGGCCUCCAUAAACACCCUGCGCAGAAUGGCUCAGAAGGUCGGUGCUGAUAUCACACUCUUGAGAGAGCGGGAAGUAGAUUAUGAGUCGGACAAACCCCGGAGAAUCGCCGAGGUUCUCGUGAGGAAAGUUCCAGAUAACCAGCAGUUUCUGGACCUGCGUGUAGCAGUGCUGGGGAACGUUGACUCGGGGAAAUCCACUCUACUUGGCGUCCUGACGCAGGGUGAGCUGGAUAACGGACGAGGCCGAGCUCGCCUCAACCUGUUCCGUCACCUGCAUGAAAUCCAGACGGGUCGCACGUCCAGCAUCAGCUUUGAGAUCCUCGGUUUUAACAGCAAAGGGGAGGUGGUGAAUUACAGCGAGUCACGCACAGCAGAGGAAAUCUGCGAGAACUCGUCUAAGAUGAUCACCUUCAUUGACCUGGCCGGCCACCACAAGUACCUGAAGACCACCAUCUUCGGCCUGACCAGCUACUGCCCGGAUUUCGCCAUGCUGGUGGUGGGUGCGAACACGGGCAUCGCGGGCACCACGCGGGAGCACCUGGGUCUGGCUCUGGCUCUCAAGGUGCCUGUGUUUGUGGUGGUCAGUAAGGUGGACGUGUGUGUUGGCGGCGCUGUACAGAAGACCGUGCGGCAGUUAGAGAGGUUGCUCAAGCUUCCCGGCUGCAACAAGGUUCCCAUGCUGAUCUCCAACCGCGAUGACGCCGUCACCGCGGCCCAGCGCUUCGCCCAGUCCUCCAGCAUCACUCCAAUCUUUACACUGUCAAGCGUUUCUGGGGAGAACCUGGACCUGCUGAAGGUUUUCUUCAACAUCCUGCCCCCCCUCAGCAACAGCAAAGAGCAGGAAGAGCUCAUGCAGCAGCUCACCGAGUUCCAGGUUGAUGAGAUCUACAGUGUGCCUGAUGUAGGAACUGUUGUUGGAGGAACUCUCUACAGUGGUGUGUGUCGUGAGGGAGACCGCUUGGUAGUGGGGCCUACAGACGAUGGGAAGUUUUUGCGGUUGAAGGUAUGUAGCAUGCAGAGGAACCGCUCGACCUGCAGGGUUCUUCGAGCCGGACAGGCGGCUACGUUGGCGCUCGGCAACUUCGACCGCUCGCUACUACGCAAGGGCAUGGUGAUGGUAAGUCCUAAGAUGAACCCCACCAUUUGCUGGCAGUUCGAGGCGGCCAUCGUGCUGCUGUUCCAUGCCAAGACAUUCCGCAGUGGCUUCCAGGUCACAGUCCAUGUCGGAAACAUCCGUCAGACUGCCACAGUAGAGUGUUUACUCGGCAAGGAGGAGCUGCGCACCGGCGAGAGGGCUGUAGUGUGCUUCCGCUUCCUGAAACACCCCGAGUACCUGCGUAUCGGAGCAAAGCUGCUGUUCAGAGAGGGCGUGACCAAGGGCAUCGGUCAUGUGACCCACCUGGUGCCGUCUGGUCAGAACAGCGCACAUGACCAGAACCACAAACCACAGCAGAACCACAACUAAAGAGAGCGUGUGUGAGAGAGAGAGAGAGAGAGAGGCGUGUCGAUAUAAACGUUUAUAUGGCGUCCACUCUGAUGUCAGCCAAUAGGAGACAGUCAGGGCGGGGUUUCCUGUCCAGGUGAUUAAAAACCUGUCCUUAGCUUCAAACACACUUACAGCUAACCAAACAUUCGUGAUUGGCGCCCUGUGAGUUUCUUAUAUCGACACACCUCUAAUGCCGGUGUGGUGAAAUUCGUGUCGUACGUUUGAAAUGUAACCAUGACGAUCAGCUUACAAUGCAGCUCUAGGCUGUAGGCAAAUAUUUACUCUUCGUUCCUGCCUUUUCUGUUGCGCAGCUAAACUAAAAUAUACAACGACGUCGGUUUAUACAGGAUUUAUUUUUAGAGACGUAACCAUAGCAACAAUCUUAUAGCAGUUGUUUUUUUUAGCCAUGGACUAGAAAGAUAGCUCAGUAAAAUUUAUGUUUUUUUUUUUUUUUUUAUUUCUAAGAAGGCAAAACGUGCUCCAUGAGUGAGAUGGUUAGGAGAAGGAUCUCCGUCAUCAGUUAGAUCUCCGUGACAGCAGUUAUCUGGCCUGUAGAAUGAAAUAGGGUGUGCGGUUUGGGACACAUCCACGGUGGCCUAAUUCUACAAUAUGGUGUUUAUGGUGUUAACAUGCCCUAAAUAGUGAACGGAGCAGGACACGUCCACUAUGGCCUAAUUAGUGUAUGCAGGUUAGGACAUGCCCACAGUGGUGUAAUUCUCCACUACGAUGUUUUUAUGCCCUAUAUAGUGAAUUAGGGCACAUAGAUUGGGGCACAUCCAAUGUAGAAUGAUGAUUGUGAGAUCUUCAUAACAGUACAUGGUACUUGGUCUAUAUACUGAGUGAUGGUGUGUGUUGGGGACAUGACGAGUGUGGCCGGAUUCUCUGUUUAUUUGCCUUAUGUAGUGAAUAAGCGUGUGUGGUUUGGGACAUGACCACAAUAGAAUGAUAAUGUUGAUCAGACGUUAGACAGUCAUAAUGAGAAUGUUGUUAUUAUGACUCAUUUGUUAUUUAGUUCCACUGGACAGUAAUGGUGUCUAGAGGGCCUAAACAGGGACGUGUUUUAGGACGCGUCCACCCUGGAACGACGAGAAGACGAGAAGGCGAGAAGGGAUGUGGGAGCUCAGUGGUUAAGGUGUUCGACUGCUGAAUCGAGGAAGGUCAUUGGUUCGAAUCCCAGGUCCACCGAGUUGCCACUGCAGGGCCCCUGAGCAAGGCCCUUAACCCUUAAUUGCUCAGGUGUAUAAACUGAAAUAAAAAUGUAAGUCACUCUUAUCCAGAGUGUCUGCUAAAUGAUGUAACAAAAGAUUGACAAGAAGCUCAGAUUCACAUGUUUACAGCAAGACAGCAGUUUAACACUACAUUCAGAUUCUUAGGGAUGUGGUAGCCUAGUGGUUAAGGAGUUGGGGUACUAAUCGGAAGGUCGUGAGUUCGAUUCCUACCUCCGCCAAGCUGCCACUGCUGGGCCCCUGAGCAAGGCCCUUAACCCUCAAUUGCUCAGUUGUAUAUAAAAAAAAAUGAGAUAAAAUGCAAGUCGCUUUGAAUAAGAGUGUCUGCUAAAUGCUGUAAAUGUAAGACGUUUCUGACCGUAUUAACUGACAUACAGUUUAUAGUGAAAUACUGCGGUGGUUUGGGACACGUCCACUGUGGACUGAUGAAGCCGAGACACUGGAAUGUAAUGGUGUUUACGUGGAAUAUACAGUGGCCUGAAUGUGAUUUUGCACACGCACACUGUGGACUGUCGAUGGGCAAACACACAGCAUAUGUUGCGUAAGUUCUCUGGCGUUGUAGUGUUUUUUUUUUUGUACUUAUUAUUUUUUUUUUAGAUUCAAGCCAAGAGUCCAGACCCAGAUGAGUAGAGAAGCGCAGGAUGUGAGAGAUAAACACAACCUUGUACAUUCACCAUGUAAGUAGACACAACCUAGAAAUCCUAAUCACACAACAUAAAGAUUCGCUUGUGGUGAGAUUCAACAGACACACAGAGCUCCAGCUAUCUCGAUCAUCUUCUAACGAUUCUUUCUUCACACAGCAGUGCGUGAUUAGCAGGUCUAAUAAAGCUGGCUGUUGGCGUAACAGUAGAUUUCACUGUCAACAAGGGUAUCAGCAAGGGAUCCUGAGUAGGGUUGCAAAGGGGCGGAAAGUUUCCGGUAAAUUUCCGAAAACUUUCCACGGGAACUUAAUCUGGGGAAUUUUGGAAAUAUUCCAAAUUGGAAACUUAACGGGAAUUUAUGGGAAUUAUUUGGAAAUAUAGGGAAAUUUAUAUAAACUAUAUGAUAUACAAACAUAAAUAAACAUUUUGUUAGGUCAUAAGCAGACAUGCAUGCAAGGUAAUACAAAUUUUAAAAAUGACGUCUUGACAUGGGGGUCACGGUGGCUUAGUGGUUAGCACGUUCGCCUCACACCUCCAGGGUUGGGGGUUCGAUUCCCGCCGCCGCCUUGUGUGUGUGGAGUUUGCAUGUUCUCCCCGUGCCUCGGGGGUUUCCUCCGGGUACUCCGGUUUCCUCCCCUGGUCCAAAGACAUGCAUGGUAGGUUGAUUUGGCAUCUCUGGAAAAUUGUCCGUAGUGUGUGAUUGCGUGAGUGAAUGAGAGUGUGUGUGUGUGCCCUGCGAUGGGUUGGCACUCCGUCCAGGGUGUGUCCUGCCUUGAUGCCCGAUGAUGCCUGAGAUAGGCACAGGCUCCCCGUGACCCGAGAAGUUCGGAUAAAAGCGGUAGAAAAUGAAUGAAUGAAUGAACGUCUUGACAUUUAAUUGUAAGUAGAACUUUAAUUGAUUCUUUCACUGAGUAACACAAAAGCAUAAUAAACAUUAUUAUGCUUGUAAUAAACAUAAUAAACUUAAUAAUUGUAAUAAACGUUAUUUUAUAGAGGAUUUUCUUAUUUCGGGGGGGAGUGAGUGUGUGGGAGAGGGUCAUCAAAUAAUCUGUGCAUGUGGUAACACUCCUAAUUUACUGCUUAUUAAGAGUUAGUAAGGUAGUUAUUAAGUUUAGGUAUUGGGUACAAUUAAGAAUGUAGAAUAAGGUAAUGCAGAAUAAGGCAUUAAUAUGUGCUUAAUAAGUACUAAUAAAUUGCCAAUAUUCUAUUAAUGUUCAUGAUAAUAAACAACAAGUUAAAUGACCCUAAAAUAAAGUGUUACUGUGCAUGUUAUGGAAGAAUGCAAGUACAUGCAGGGGGUUUGGCCUCAAUGGCCCUCCAGUAAGCAGUGUGCUGUGUGCAAGUGACCGAGGAACGCAGGGUACAAAUUCAACUUAAAUUGCAUUAAAUCUUGUUGUUUUAAACACAAUUAUGCUGCAAGAUUUUUUUGCCUUGUUAUAGGCAACUCUGCAUUUUUUUUUUAAUUUCCAGUUUAUUCCAAUAUAUUCCCAUUCAUUCCCAUGGAAAGUUUCUAGCCUUGAAAAUUCCCGGAAUUUUGCAACCCUAAUCCUGAGUAAUCACAAACACAGAACCAGGAAGGUAAAUCUGACCAAAAAUUAAAAAAAAAAAAAAAUCUGUUACAGAAUAACAGAUUCGAUUGUGCCAAGCGAGGACUGUAAGGCUGCUCUCACGUUUUCCUGUCAGAUGUUAGAGAUGUGCAUGUUGUCUGCGUUUCUGCUACGCUAAUUCAUGAAUUCCUGACAUUCUUUGCAACUUAUAAUAAUUCGUCAGUUAAUAGUAAUAAAUACAAAUGUGUUGUAUUCGUGACCCACAGCUGCUCAUUUUGCACUGGAUAUUUUUGAUGCUUAUUACUGUGCAGUGUGUAACAUUUUUCUAACACCUAGUCUUUUGCCCCAUGGCGCAGCAUUUGGCUGAUACACCGCAUGCUGUGCGGAAUUCUGGGAUGCGCUCAUUAGAUUCCAGAGUUCCAUGAAUUUAGCGUCUGUGAACUGCACUGUACUUAAACGCAACUAGUUUGUAAGUAAUAAAGAGGUGUUUUAUUGUGGA